CUCGGCACAUGAUGAUUCACACUGGUGAAAAGCCAUUUCCAUGCAUGAACUGUGGAAAAACUUUUUGUCUCAAAGUCAGUUUAACUCGGCACAUAAUGACUCACACAGGUGAAAAGCCGUUUCCAUGCGUGAACUGUGGAAAGGGUUUCCGUCUAAAACGGCAUUUAACUCACCACAUGAUGACUCAUACAGGUGAAAAGCCGUUUUCAUGCGUGACCUGUGGAAAAAGUUUUAGUCUAAAACAAGAUUUAAUUCGGCACAUGAUGGUUCACAAUGGUGAAAAGCCAUUUUCAUGUGGGAACUGUGGAAAACGUUUUAGCCUAAAACAAGAUUUAACUCGGCACAUGAUGAUUCACACUGGUGAAAAGCCGUUUUCAUGUGUGACCUGUGGAAAAAGUUUUAAUCAAAAACAGCAUUUAACUCGGCACAUGAGGAUUCACACUCGUGAAAAGCUGUAGAACUAUUUUCCAUUCAUUCUAAAAGUCACUUAGAUGAAAACUGAAUGGCUUUCAUGUCUAUAACGUGGGAAAAUUGUUUAAUUGUCAAAUUUGUUAAAUGUGAUAAUUUUGAUUUUGACAUUUGGAUACUUGGAAAUAUACAACAUGAACUUGAAGUAUUGAUUUGUAUUAUUCUGUAUGGAGAUAAUGAGUGGCAUGAAUGAGACUUACUUUAAUACAUUUUUAUUCCAAAAUAAAAUGUGCUGUUGUGCAGUA